AUGGCGUCUGAACUCACAAUUUACGGCUACGAUGCGGCCGCUGAAGGCAUCACUAUCACUCAAUGUCUAGUAAACCCGCGCAAGAACAUCAAUAAAACGGCCUAUAUGCAAAUCUUCCCUUUGUCUCAGGGCAAGAUUCCUGGUCUCCGAGGGCCUGGGAUCGAGAUUACCGAGACUAUCGCCAUCACCUAUGCAAGCUCAGAGGGAUCUGUGGCCCAAGAAGCACAGGUUCUAAGCUAUGUCAGCUUUGCAAACCAGGAGCUGCUACAGACCCUCGCUCGCUGGUUUCUACCUCUGAUCCCCGGGUUUACAGAUCCUGCUCCCUACAAUUUUGACGCAAUUGAACAAGGAAAGAAGGCUAGCUUGUCACUUUUAGACAACUUGGAAGCGAUCCUUGCCAAGGUAGAGUGGCUUGUGGGUAAUGGUCCCACGCUUGCAGACAUCUUCAUUGCGGUGGUGUUGAGCCGAGGUUUGCAAUGGGUUCUGGAUGGAAAAUGGCGAGCUUCGCACCCAGCUUGUAUGAAACACUUUGAGAAGAUUAAGCAAUGGGAACCAGUGGCACGAGUGAUUCCACACUUUGAAAUGGUGGAUGUCGAGCCACCGAAUGCGAAGCCUCCUACUAUCCAGAGUUGA